GUAGUUGCAGAAGUCUUUUUCAUGGCUUCUGUCACUCCCUUUUUCUUAAUCCAGCAACUCCCAUAUAGUUCUUAGUUUUUAUUAAGAACAUUACUAAAAGUCCCUAGCCUUUAACAUGACUUUCACAUACUACAUAUGCACACACAUCGAAAUUACAUACAUAUUGCAUAUAUAAACCUGCGCUCAGGCUUUAAUCAGUAUUCAGAUUAUAAUUUUAUUUGUGCGUUUUCUGCUGAUUUUCUUUUCGAUAUCUGGUCAGUGAUCCCAGAAAAAUUUAUUAUCAACGGUUUUGUUACUUGUGCUUAUAUAUUAUGGUACAUGAUGGAAAAAAGAAAAGCUCUGCUGAUAGUUCAUAUAUAAAACCUGAACCUAGUCACCAGAAUUUGUCUGUGCCUCGAACUCAAGCAGUUCAAAGAAGUGAAGCAGGAAAACAUCUUAAAGAUAUGGAAGAGAAAAGGUACUCAGAUUUAUAUAGAAACACAACUGAGGAGUUGUUUAUAAAGACCUUCAUGGAGGGAUCAUCAGCACCAACCAUGGAUAUGCUAGGUUUCAAGAAUCUUACUCAGAACUUCCGCGCUGAUAGUGAGGAACUCUUCAAUAGCUGGCUGACAAACGGAGAGACUCAAGUCAACAACAAUUCAGCAAGCAUAGCUCAUCGAACCCGGCAAGCAUCACGAAGAAUUACCUCUGAAUUGGCCCCGUUGCCUAAUCAGCAAAAUGGUGUAAUAAAUCAGAAACGAAGCAAUGAGAACCCAUCUUCAGAACAUGCUUGCGUUGGUGAAGAAUCUUCAAAUGACUUCAAUCAGUAUCCCACCAGCAGUGCAGUGGAGAGAGGGGUGCCAACUGGAAAUCUUCACUUGGCCAAGGUUUGUGCAUGGUUUAAUAGUUCUCAGCCCAUGACUAGAAGUCGCUCCUCUGAAUUAAGGAAAAGAUAUGUUGCAUCACAGAAUCCACAGACAGCAUUUGGCAUGGAAGCUAUGCAUAAUAUAAAUGCUUCUGGACAUGGUAUCAAUAAUUUGCAACAAGAUUUUGCAAAUUCAGAUGGCUUGUCGAAAGUUCCAUUUUCUGACAACCCGAGUCACCUCAAUACAUUUAUGUCUCCAUCAAAUUCCUCAUCAUCUAAUUUUAACUCUCCCCAAAUGGGUACUGUGGAUAAUGUGUCUUCUGUUGUGAGCAUGCUGAAGGGUACACUAGAACGCAAGUGGCUUAAUAACCAGAAUGAAAAAUAUGGUGAAGAUAGUUCAUUAGGCUAUUAUGGUGCUCAAGGAAUCGUAGCUAAUCCUUGUCUUGAGCAGGAACAAGAAUUACAUAAUUAUGAGGCACAAGGAACAUUUCAAGAUACUACUCUCCAAGUUUUUGAUCCUGAAGUUUUGCAAAGGGUUCAAGGAUUGAUGGAUAUGGAACUAGAAGAAACUGUCCCUCCUAUAAAUUUAGUUCAAAUGAACACUGUAUCUCGAGAGCAGUCACAGAGUGAAUCUUCUGCUGCUACACCUGCAGUUUCCAUUGGUUUUGAUGCAUAUGAUGGUCCCAGUAACUCAGGUCAAGCUCGAAGCAAUGGUGAAAGCUCUAGACAACAAUUUGCAAAUGAGAAGAAUUCCAUAAACGGAAUUAGAGCCAAAGAUAUUAGAGAAAGGAUACAGGAUAACCUAAAAGAAGAUUCUCAGCAAAAAGGAGGUUUGGUUCGAUAUGGCUCUGUAACAUCAGCUGGUUCAGAUAAAGGUGAUUCCACAAAGAAGCGAAGAGUGGAACGAUCACGAAAGAUGGCAGAGGCAAAGGAAAGAGUCCUGACACCAGCAAUCCCCUCAGAUAUGCAAUCUGUAUUGAAGCGCUGUGAAAAUCUGGAGAAGGAAGCACGAUCACUGAAGCUAAACUUGUCUUUCAUGAACAGAAAGGACUCCGAACAGACUAAGCAGAUAGAAGAGCUCCAGAAGCAGAACGAGGAAUUGACAGAUGAAAAGGAGCGCCUCCUGGAAGAAAUCGAAAGGAUCAUCUCUGAGACAAGCAAAAUGUAGACUUCAUCAGGAUCUUUACAGUUAGAAUACUUCUUAAUAGCGCCAGAGCAAAGCAAGGAUCACAGAUCUUAUGGACAACUCUAAACAGGCUUCCUUCAACAGCAUUCUAAACCAGUGUCGCACAGAGUUCAAAUCUCGAAAUGACCUCCCCCAACAAAUCCCCCCAUCUCAGUAUGAGAACCUCGUGGAGAUCAUUUUACAGAAGACAUCAUCAAAAGUUUUUGAACGUUAAUUGUCGAUUCCGGAACGAUUCAAAUUUAGGAAUACUUUUCACACUUUCCUUAAGUUGUGCCUCCAUUGAGGUCACUAAUUUAGGAGUACUUUUCACACUUUCCUUAAGUUGUGCCUCCCUUGAGGUCACUCGCAAACAAACCAUUGAUCUUUCAUUGAAGUGAUAGUGUACAACUUUUACUUCCUUUGGAAGUGUAGCACAAGUGACAAACCUCUGUAUUGCAAACUUCUAAUUGCCCAAGUCCUUCAAAACUAUGCCACACUUGAAAAUA